GUAAAUCCGUUGGCAUCGUCACAACAACGCGGGUCCAGCAUGCAACUCCUGCCACAACAUAUGCCCACAGUGCCAGCAGGAAGUGGUACAGCGAUGCAGACAUGCCCGCCUCUGCCAAGAAAGAAGGAUGCACAGACAUUGCCUCUCAGCUCCUAAACAACACUGACAUUGAUGUGAUCAUCGGCGGGGGGAGGAAGUACAUGACCCCUAAGGGCACCUGGGACCCAGAGUACCCUCGAGACCUGGCCUCCAGUGGCAAGAGACAGGACGGACGCCACCUCAUCUCUGACUGGCAGAAGAUGAAAGUCGGAAAGGUGGCUCGUUAUGUGUGGAACAGGACUGACUUUGACGCUGUGGACCCUGACACCACUGACUACCUUAUGGCCCUGUUUGAGCCUGGAGACCUGCGCUUCGACGUGGAGAGAGACCCCACCAUGGACCCUUCCAUCGCUGAGACCACAGAAAAGGCCAUCCGCAUCCUCAGCAAAAACCCCAAGGGAUUCUUCCUCCUGGUAGAAGGUGGACGUAUCGACCAGGGCCACCAUGCCAGCAGAGCCUCCAUGGCGUUGCACGAGACGGUUGCCUUUGACAAUGCUGUCGCCAAGGGCCUGGAGCUGACCAAUGAGGAGGAGACUCUCACCCUGGUGACAGCUGACCACUCCCACGCCUUCACCUUCAAUGGAUACCCCUUUAGAGGGCAAAGCAUUCUGGGGAAAUCUCCUCUGUAUGGGAAGGAUAUGCUACCUUACACAACCCUGAUGUACGGAAACGGCCCUGGAUACAAAGUCGUAGACAACAAGCGCCCUGACAUCGGUAAAGUGGAUACACAGUCGAAGGACUACGUGCAGCUGUCUGCGGUGCCCCUGGACACUGAGACCCAUGGUGGGGAAGAUGUGGCAGUGCUAGCCCGCGGCCCCAUGGCACACCUCUUCCACGGGGUCCAGGAGCAGAGUUACCUGGCCCACGCCAUGGCCUACGCUGGCUGUGUGGGACGAGACCUCAGGCACUGUGAAAGUAGACCUCAACACACCAAUACCAAGAGGAUCCUCGUCACUACUACUGAUGAUGAUAGGAACAGUGCACCAUCCCAGGUAUCCUCCAUCUCUCUGGUUACUGCCCUACUGGCUGCCGUGCUGCACUGA